AUGGGUGGAAUCGAUGUAGCUUCUGUCGUGGCAUCCAUCAUCUCAGCAUUCGGGAGUGGUCUGGAAGUGUUCCACCGCCUAAGCGGAAAGAAACGAAAGACCAGCGCGAGACCUCCUCGACCAUGGGAGGAAGAAGAAUGGAUCCAAGAUUCCCUCAAGAGCCGACCAUUGCAGAUCCAACAAGAAUACGAUCACAAUGUGGUCAAGUUCGGUCACCGCUUCGAGGUUGGCGACAGUACAGCUCAUUCGACUCUGGCACAUACUCUGCUGGUUCUCAAUACGGGGUUGAUCAAUCUGAUCAAUCAUGCACUGUCGACAGACCCGCAUUCGAAAGCCAUGUCCCAGAAAGCAUUGUUCACUCUCUCCGAAACUGCUGCUCUGGACACCCUGGCAGCUCUGGGUCAACUCCAGUCACGGCUAAGCCUCAGCGUUGCUUCAACGCCCAGACUGCCGUUGGAGCCGAAGGAGAGACAAAAGUUCACUGAUAACGCGACUCAAAUGUUCAAUGACAAGAAGAGUCAGAUCCCCCACAGUCGAAAGGGGAGCUCGGCGUCACUCUCCAAAACAUCGAAACGACCAUCUCCUGCCCCGCUCCUCGUGCGUGGAGGCUGGGUGAGGUCCAAGAGCGGAUCUUUGAUCAUCUCAGCAGCAACCGCCAGGAAAAUAGAAGGAUCCAAAGAAGCAAGGGGUGAGAAGGUCAAAGGAGCAAAGACCGAGAAGCAUAUUCGAAGCCAGUCGAAUCCAUCCAAUAUCAGCUCAUCCGCCUCUCCACAAGACUCACAUACUCGGAAGCGGUCUGAUGAUGCAGAGAACAAUGAAGCGGACUUCAGGGGUACUUACAAGGCCGGUGACCGACAACCUCAACGGCGGAAAACAUCCCAAGAUUGCAGACCAGAGGAGCACCCGCCGUUCCAGAGACAGAGACAGACAUCAGAUACAAAUCCACGGCCUCAAAGACAACCUAGCAUGCUGAUAGUGCCUGCGGACUUUUUCGACACCCCAGCAACGGGGAUGCAGGUUGAGAGCGUUGAACCGCCGCCUCGGCCUCCGAAGAUCCCUCUCGACACACGGCCUAGACUUAGACAUGGUCAUAAUCAUGGCAAUGGCAACGGCAAUGCACGACCGUCUUCGACCAUGACGUUCAUGACUGCCAGCACGAAAAUCGGCGAGAUUCCGGCAUCGCGAUGGCCUGAUGGGGUCGUGUCUACCGGGGAAUUAGGCUCGAGAAGACCGGCCUAUGUUGUGCCGCCUCCGCUCGAGACAGCCGAGCCGAAAAAGAAGAAAGGCCUCAAGUUCUGGAAAAGAGAGUGUAAGAGACAGGAGAUUGCUGCGUAG